ACAAAAUAAAUCAGAGACAUGGCGGAAGAAUUCAAGAACUUAAUGAAAAUAUGGGUUUCAGCAAUAAGCUCAGUAGCUUACUGCUACUUCUUAUCAACUAGAAUCAAAGCUGGCGUUUUCCGAUUACUCUCUGUUCUUCCCGUUUGUGCUAUGUUCUUUGUUCUUCCUCUAUUUAUCUCAUCUUCAACUUUCUGCUUGUACACAACUUUUUUUCUAUCCGUUGCAAAUUUCAAACUCAUUCUCUUCUCCUUCGAUCAAGGCCCUCUUUUCCCACUUCCCCCAAAUCUCGCCCAUUUCAUUGCCUUCACUUGCUUACCCAUCAAACAUCAACAAAACCCUAAAACCCUAACUCAUUUCCCCAAAUGGUUUUUUAUCAUUAAAGUGGUAAUGUACAUUGUGGUGUUACAUAUUUAUCAUCAUUACAAACAAUAUCUCCCUUUGAUUCUACUACUAGGUUUCUAUCCUCUCAAUUUAUACUUAGAGCAUGAGAUGAUAUUAACCCCCCUCAAAUAUAUAGUCACCGUCACUCUUGGUCUGGACCUCCAACCACAGUUCAACGAACCGUACUUAGCCACUUCUCUUCAAGACUUUUGGGGUCGCCGAUGGAAUCUUACGAUCUCAGAUCUCCUCCGGUCAAGCGUUUAUAGUCCGGUGAGGAAAAUAUGCCAAUACUUUGUUAAUUCCGAGUGGUCUACGAUCAUGGGAGUUUUGGCGACGUUCCUAGCCUCUGGUGUGUCGCAUGAGGUACUCUACGUCUACUUAACCCGGGAGACUCCUACGGGAGAGGUCACAUGGUUCUUUGUGUUACAUGGAGUUUGCACGGUGAUUGAAGUGUUGGUUAAAAAGAAGACUUUUGUAGGGCGGUGGUCGGUGAGACCGAUUGUGUCACGGUUGCUAACGGUUGGGUUUGUGUGUCUGACCUCUGGUUGGCUGUUUUUCCCUCAGCUUAUACGGAGCAACGUAAUUGAAAAUUUCGUUUAUGAAGCCUUCUUGUUUCUUGAUUUCUUUAAGCUCAAGUUUUAG